AAAUUGCCUAUCAAGUAUCUCCAUUUACCAUAAAAGAAAUUAUAGAAUUUUUCUUGGCUUCAUCACUUUAUGAACCUUAUAUGUUUGAACAUGUACCUAAACUAUAUAUAAAAUUUGUGGAUGAUGACAUUGAACUUGUCAUAAAUAAUAUUAAUGAUGAUUUGAAUCUGAUUUAUGAUCAAGAUUCUAAAAGUCGUCGUAGAGCAAGGAUUAUGGAAUUGGGUUGUCUGUUAACUAAGUCAGACGAUGAAGGGGUUACAGAAUUAAAAUCUCGCAAACAAGAAUUAGAGAGUCUUUUAGCUGCAACUUGUGAGGGUCCUCAACACAUAAAUUUUAGUCAAAGAAUUCCAAGAAAAAUACCUCUCAUGCAACGAAAAAGGUGA